UAUUCUGAAGGUGGGUGCCGGAAUUUCCCUCGGUGUAAAACUAUUUACACUGAGCAGAAACCAGCAUUAAAAGUCGUUGAACUUUGCAGGGAAACACGGACAUUUUCGAAUUCCCUCUUCUCGCCUGACAAAUUGGGAAAGUGCACACAGAUGGCAAACGAGACCAAGCCAUGUCCCUGUGAUAUUGGAGAUCGGCUGGAGUACGGAGGGCUCGGCCGGGAGGUCCAGAUCCAACACAUUAAGGCUUAUGUGGUGGAGCCGUCCAAGGUGUCUGACAAAGCCAUUAUUGUUAUACAAGACAUCUAUGGGUGGCAGCUUCCCAACACACGAUACAUGGCUGACAUGCUUGCUAGCAACGGAUACGUUGCCAUUUGUCCAGACUUCUUUGCUGGAAAAGAACCUUGGAGGCCUUCCGAUGACUGGUCCAAGUUUCAAGAGUGGUUUGAGGACAAGAAACCAACCAAUAUAAACAAAGAGGUGGAUGCAGUUUUAAAGUACCUGAAGGAGCAGUGUGGAGCAAAACACAUAGGAUCAGUGGGCUUCUGCUGGGGAGGUGCUGCAACACAUUAUCUGGCCCUGCAGUAUCCAGACAUCAAAGCUGGAGUGUCUGUCUAUGGGAUUGUUCGUGAAAAAGAAGAUCUAUAUGAGCUCAAGAGUCCCACGUUGUUCAUCUUUGCAGGGAAUGAUGCCGUGAUCCCCUUGGACCAGGUAAAUACCCUUGAAGCAAAGCUAAAGGAGAAAUGCACAGUAGACUACCAGGUGAAGAUCUUUCCUGGUCAGACUCAUGGGUUCGUCCACCGCAAGAGAGAGGACAUCAACCCUACGGACAAACCUAGUAUCCAGGAGGCCAGAACGGACCUGCUGAACUGGCUCAACAAAUACAUGUAAACGAGACGCUUGGGACCAGUAUAUUUAAGUCCCUUAAUCACCAGAGUGUCUGAAUAUACUUCACAUAUGUUUAGCACUAAUACUUAGCAAAUUACCAGAAUCAAAUAUACUGUCCUGUAAAAGGAUUGCAAGAAACGAAUUAUUCAUGGUGUGGUAAAUAAAUAUUAACUUUCUAAAUGUGAAA